GACGUCUUAUUCCUCUUGAAAAACAUGCCUUGGUGACUAAGAGGCAGACAUAGAUUUUGACACCUUUCAUCGACUUUUUUUUGUUGAUUGAUAAUAAAUAUUUUGCUUGUCAGAUAAUUCAUUUCUCUUUUGCUGACAGAUAUUGUGUUUGUCAAUUGAUCGGUAUUUUUUUGUUGACAAAGACUAUGUUUGGCAAAUGAUAGGUAUUUAUAUGUCAGACUUUGUUCUGUGAUAAAUAUAUUGUUGCUGGCAGAGCCUUCCUUUGUCUAAUAAAUACUAUCUUUUUGGUGAUGAAGCUCUUCUUGUCAAUGAGCAUAUUAAUUUUGACUGUAUUUGUCAAAUGAUUCUAUUUUAUUGACAGUGAUUGUCAGAACUUUUUUUUGUUGUUCACAAUUAUUGUGUGAGAUUAAGAAUAUAUUUUUGAGGGCUAGAAUGUCCAGUGAUUUUUUUUUCAGAAAGCUACUAUGUUUGUCAAAUGAUAUUUUAUAUUGGUAGACUUGUGUAUGAUUAUUUAUUUUGACAGGUACUGUUUCAGAUUUUUUCAUUUUGUUGUUAGAGGCCUUUAGGCUUAUAACAUCUAUAAAGAGAUCCUGCUCUCACCUAUAAAUGACCAUGUUUUCCUGCACUAUUGUGAGAUUAUUGCCAUGAAUAGACAUAUAAGAAUAUUCAGUUGCAUAAGCUUAUAUGAUUAAAUGAAUAUAUAGAAAAUUCAGGAAGCAGACAAAAAGAAAAAGAAAAAGAAAACAAAAAUAAACCAAUUUUAAAACAGCAAGUGUGUGUGCUCUGAAACACAUGUAAUAAACUUGAGCCAGAAUCAGAAAGGUUAUGGAUAUUUACCCUUUUGCCUCAUUUGGCAUCCAGUGUUGCCAUAGUCUAUAAAUGCCCUCAACCUGUAUGACAUGUUAUUUUGCCAUGGCUUGUUGGAGCCCCAUUCUGUAUGGGAUGUGUUCUUGCCAUGAUGACUAUCUACAGACUGACUGUUUAAUGUUAUUUUGACCCAAUAGGUAUCACUUCUGAUGAUGUUUCAUGACUGGUUGAUUAUUGAAUGUUAUGUGAUGUACAUAAUUAUGUAUGUAACUAUGGUGUAUAAUAAUGACAUAUAUAAUUAUGACAUGUAAUCAGUUGAUUUGAUGAUAUUUGAUUGUGUGGAUCUGACACACUUUGACCUGAAUGGCUGGAAAGUAGCAAUGGCUUUAAUUUGUGGAUUAGGGUACAUGGUGUGACCUGAUUGGGUAGUCAUUGCAGCCAUGGAAGGUUGAAGCUUUCACUCACUCUCUCACUCACAUCAGCAACCACAGCCAUCCAUGUCGACAGCUCACCUGUUGAACUCAGGCUCCUCCUCAGAGGAUGACUCUGGGAAUGAGGUAAUCACUAGUGAUGAAUCCGACUUCGAUUUAGAGUUGGAGGCACAAAGUGAUGAUGAGCUUGACUUUGUAUCAACAUACAACACAACUGUGGACUCUGCACUGGAUAGUGAUGAGCCUCUCUCUGUGCAUGUCACAAAGACGUGGAACAGUAAUGCUCCUGGGACGCCAGAUUUCAGGUGGAGAAGGGCAGAAAAUGUACCUAGAAAGCACUCCUUUAGUGGUUGCCCUGGUGUCAAGGUAGCAUUAAAUGAAGAUUCUACCUCCCUGGACAUAUACCAGGAGUUCAUGACAGAGGAGCUCAUAUCUUAUAUAGUGGAGGAAACGAACAGAUUCGCUAAGACUAACGAGGAAGCUAGGAGGCACGGCCGGAAAUGGCGACCAGUAACACCUGCCGAGUUGCAUGUCUACCUUGGACUGAGGCUGUUGAUGGGCAUCAACAGGAAGCCACGGCUGUCCUUCUAUUGGUCCAGGAACCCGGGGGUUGCCAUGUCCAUUUUCCCCUCCACCAUGCCUCGGGAGAGGUUCGAACAGAUCUCCCGUAAUCUACACUUCGUGGAUAACGAGGCAGACCAUGAUGAGGAGGACAGACUGUGGAAACUGAGGCGGGUGUUGCAGUUAUUAGGGGACCGUUUCAAGUCGAUCUUUGUCCCUGACAAGUCCAUUUCUAUAGGUGAAUCUUUAUGGAAGUUUCGGGGCCGCCUCAGCUUCACCACCUACAAUCCCAGCAAGCGGGCCAGAUUUGGUGUGAAGGUUUACAAACUUUCUGCCAGUGAUGGCCCGGGUGCAGGAUACACAGCUGUGUUCCGUAUAUACACUGGAAAUGAUAAGGGGUCCAUACCAUCAUCCCAGAAGGCAGUAGUGGACCUGAUGGAGGCAGGCGACUUCUUCUGGAAGGGCUACACAGUGUAUGUGGAUAACUGGUACACUUCUCCGGUUUUAUUCCAUUUCCUGCAGUCCAGGAAGACUGGUGCUGUUGGGACAGCCCGUCUCAACUGCCGCCACAUGCCACGUGAUCUCCAGGUCAAGAAGCGGGGAGACAUGGACUUCCGAAGCUCUCCAACAGGCAUGCUGGCCUUGUCAUGGAUGGACACAAAACAAGUCAAUAUGCUGAGUACAGUCCACACAUCGGGCAUGGCAGAGAUACAGCGUCAAGGAGGUCUGCGGGUGAAGAAGCCGCUAUGCAUCAUCGCAUACAAUGAUGGAAUGAAAGGCGUGGACCUGGGUGACCAACUGGCUAAUUCGUACCCUUCAGUGCGCAGGUCGCUGAAAUGGUACAGGAAGAUUUUCUUUUACCUUUAUGACCUGGCAACAGUUAACAGCCAUGCUGUUUACAAGUACCUUGGCCACAGAACAACACAGGUGGAUUUCCGGCUGGACCUGGCGAUGACUGUGAUAAACCAUUUCCUCCCAGAUGUCGAGCCAUACAGCAAGAGGGGGCGACCAGCAACUUUACCUUCCCCUUCCAGGUUUCAAGGCAGGACGCUCCACGUAGUGAAGGAAAUUCCAGGAAAGAAGUACCGGAGAUGUUUCCUGUGCUACAGGGCAGGGAAGAGGAAAAUGACAAGAACCAUCUGUGCAGGAUGUCAGGUGUCCCUCUGCACAUAUGGAUGCUUUGAGAGGUACCACUCUCAAAAGAAUUUAUAAAUGUACAUAGUACAAUAUGUACAUGGUAAUAAA